CUUACCAAAUGAAAUGAACAAGAAAACACAACAUAAAUUCAAAAUAUAUAGGAGAAAUCAUGCGACAAAAGAUCUCCUAUAUAUUUACACCACCAGUGGAAAAGGAUACCCUCUCAUCUGCGGCAUUAACGCAAACAGGUGACGAGCAUCCUGUGCACCACCACCGCGCUCCCAGUAACAAGCGCGUAAACAUCCUCACACUUCAGUCCAUGUGGCCUCAGACCCUCGACCCCUCCUCCCACCUUUUAAAGCCCUCUUCUCCAUUCCCCCACUCCCGACUACGUCCCUCUCUUCCUCCGCUCCGCUUCUCCUUUCCAUCCUCUUCUCCUAUUCUCCAACGUGUCCGCCUCGCCUCCGCCUCCGCCUCCGCCAUGGAGUCAGUCGCCGAGUGGGGCCUCACCCCUCUGUCCGCCGUCGACCCGGAGAUCCACGAUCUCAUCGAGCAUGAGAAGCACCGCCAGUCCCACGGUAUCGAGCUCAUCGCCUCCGAGAACUUCACCUCCUUCGCCGUCAUCGAGGCCCUCGGGAGCGCCCUCACCAACAAGUACUCCGAGGGCAUGCCCGGCAACCGCUACUACGGUGGCAAUGAGCACAUCGACGCCAUCGAGAACCUCUGCCGCUCCCGCGCCCUCGCCGCCUUCCGCCUCGACCCUGCCAGGUGGGGCGUCAAUGUCCAGCCCUACUCCGGUAGCCCCGCCAACUUUGCCGCCUAUACCGCCCUUCUUAACCCCCACGACCGCAUCAUGGGCCUCGACCUCCCCUCCGGCGGCCAUCUCACCCACGGAUACUACACCUCCGGGGGAAAGAAGAUCUCCGCCACCUCCAUCUACUUUGAGAGCCUGCCCUACAAGGUCAGCUCUGUCACCGGCUACAUCGACUACGACAAGCUCGAGGAGAAAGCUCUCGACUUCCGCCCUAAGCUCAUCAUCUGCGGCGGGAGCGCGUAUCCUCGAGACUGGGACUACGCAAGAUUCAGGUCCAUUGCUGACAAGUGCGGCGCAUUGUUGCUGUGCGAUAUGGCUCACAUUAGUGGCCUCGUGGCCGCUCAGGAAGCUGCAAAUCCCUUUGAGUCCUGUGAUGUGGUUACAACCACCACUCACAAGAGUCUCAGAGGACCGAGAUCCGGCAUGAUCUUCUUCAGGAAGGGCCCUAAGCCUCCAAAGAAGGGACAGCCAGAAGACGCUGUCUAUGAUUUCGAAGAUAAAAUCAACUUUGCUGUGUUCCCAGCCCUCCAAGGUGGUCCUCACAAUCACCAGAUUGCUGCUUUGGCUGUUGCAUUGAAGCAGGCAACUUCACCUGGAUUCAAGGCCUAUGCCAAGCAGGUCAAGGCCAAUGCGGUUGCUCUUGGAAACUAUCUGAUGAGCAAGGGAUACAAACUGGUGACAGACGGAACUGAGAAUCAUCUUGUCCUUUGGGAUCUCCGACCUCUUGGCUUGACCGGAAACAAGGUUGAGAAACUUUGUGAUCUUUGCAAUAUCACUGUCAACAAAAAUGCUGUUUUUGGUGACAGCAGUGCAUUGGCUCCUGGAGGUGUACGAAUUGGUACUCCUGCCAUGACCUCAAGGGGCUUGAUUGAGAAGGACUUUGAGCGGAUAGCAGAGUUCCUUCACCAGGCAGUAACCCUUUGUUUGAGCAUUCAGAAGGAACAUGGGAAGCUGCUGAAGGACUUUAACAAAGGCUUGGUGAACAACAAGGAUAUCGAGGAACUCAAGGCAGCGGUGGACAAGUUUGCUUCCUCAUUCCACAUGCCUGGCUUUCAUAUGUCUGCCAUGAAGUACAAGGAGUAGGCAGCUUAUCACAUCCAAGAUCUGCUCUUUUGGUUUUACUUCUUUCCGACAGUUGCAGAUCUUUUCUUUUUGUUCCAGCUAUUCUCUUUUCUCUAUGAUGUGCCCAUGGAGGGAGCAUAUUUCUUUAACCUAAGAAUGGAUUCCAUGUUCUGAUUCUA